AUGGAACCCAACCUCGUCGGGGACAGUGAGGAGGGCAGCCGGGCUCAGAGGCCUGGGGUCACUGUGCAGCCACUGGAGGAGGCGGAUCGGCACCCCGCCCCGGGGGCCGUGAAGGCGCAUCUGAAGGGGGACAGCGCCUCCUGCUGGGCGCUGCGCAGUCCCGAGGCCUACUCCUCGCAGACCCGAGGAGAUGGGCUGCGGCCAUGGGAGCAGGGGAAGGGUCCUGUUCAGGCCCCACAGAUGCUAGGUCAAGUUCAUCCCACCAUGGGCCCUUUGCCUUGCAGGACCAUCAAGGUGGAGGUGUACGACUGGGAUCGUGAUGGCAGCCACGACUUCAUCGGGGAGUUCACCACCAGCUACCGGGAGCUGGCCCGUGGGCAGAGCCAGUUCAACAUCUAUGAGGUCACGCUGCUUUCCUUUGCGGUGGAGUCCGAGUGCACAUUUCUUGACUACAUCAAAGGAGGGACCCAGAUCAACUUCACGGUGGCCAUCGAUUUCACGGCCUCCAAUGGGAACCCCUCGCAGUCCACGUCCCUGCACUACAUGAGCCCCUACCAGCUGAACGCCUAUGCACUGGCGCUGACUGCCGUCGGGGAGAUCAUCCAGCACUAUGACAGCGACAAGAUGUUCCCUGCCCUUGGCUUCGGGGCCAAGCUACCCCCUGAUGGAAGGGUGUCCCACGAGUUCCCGCUGGUAGGAGAUGCCUAUGGUUCCCUUAUUAGCCCAUCUCUAGGACUGCUGCCCCAGACCCCAGCCCGGCCUGGCCAGGUCCAGCGGGAGCCCAGAGUGGGGGAGGCCCAGGAACAUGGCUGCCCCUACUGGGUGUUCUCCCUGUAUAAGGGACUCCCACCCCAGCUGGCACUCCUAGUUGCCCACGCUGCCAAACUGCCCAUGUCCAUCAUCAUCAUUGGCGUGGGCCAGGCGGAGUUCGACGCCAUGGUGGAGCUGGAUGGUGACGAUGUGCGGAUCUCCUCCCGGGGGAAGCUGGCAGAACGGGACAUUGUCCAGUUCGUGCCCUUCAGGGACUACGUGGACCGCACUGGCAACCACGUGCUGAGCAUGGCCCGCCUGGCCCGCGAUGUGCUGGCCGAGAUCCCUGACCAGCUGGUGUCCUACAUGAAGUCACAGGGCAUCCGCCCGCGCCCCCCGCCUGCGGCCCCAGAGCCCUCGCCCCCACAGUCCCCAGCCCGCACGCCCCCUGCUUCCCCCCUGCACACACACAUCUGA